UGAUAUCUCGACUACUCGUUACAAAAAUGCUUUUUUCCCGUGUUCAUUUCCCAUUUUGUCUCUCGUUAAAUCUGUCUCUCCCCACUUGUUUGCGAGGCACGUUCAUAAAUCGAAACCAAUAUUGUUAUAUGAAAAAAACUUUCUAAUUAGUCGAUGAUUGUUUCGAGAAAUUCUCGUCGAGGCUGUAUGAAGUUUGAAACAUUGAAACAAGGUCGAGAGUUUCUGCGGGUCAAGGAAUUUCAACAUUUCAAAAUCAAGAUCCGCGAAGAAAGUGCAACAACGAGAAGUGUUAAAAGGAGGUUAGCGGAUUUGCUUUUCGAAAUUUGCAAAGAUUGCGAGAGAAUGGCCGCUAUUCCGCAGGGUGCAUUUGCAGCGUGCAAAGUCCGCCGCAAUUUAGAACGCAAUGCUAUGAUAACACCACCAAUAGAGGAGAGGGAAAAAGUGGGUAAAGAAAACACAUACAAUAUGAGACCCCCUUCGGAAGGCCGAGAGCUUACACCGCUAAAAUAUAACAGCAAAUUAAUGAACAGCAUCUGGGGGCUUUAUAACCGUUAUUCGGUACAUAAUUUCAAGAAAAACAAUUCUAAUGAUGGGGUGUUUGGUAAGUUCGCGGCGAUUUGGGAGACUAUUUCUCACAGCCAUGCAUAUGCCGCGAACUCGGUAAUUACAACUGCAGUUACCAACAAUAACUCUCAAAUUAUGCAAAAGAGAUGAACAGUAUCUGAUGAUUUGAUGAUCUGAUAUGUGUAAUAUCGAUUGUUAAUUCAACUGUAAUAAUUAAAGGAAAUUUAAAUACUAUAUAUGACUUACGAUUAUAGAGAAUUGCAACAGUAUUGCAUAUUCUUUUUACAACUUUUUUAAUUGUACGUAGAUAAAUAAAAUAUUUUUCCUGGCAACUAUGGUGCAAUUUAUCAAAUUUUAAUUUGGUACAUAAUGGUAAAGAUUUCUA